CGCGUUUCUUCUUGCCCCGCUUCCACGAGGGACGCUACGGGCAACCACCGAUGCGUAGCGCGAUCUUCGGAUGGCCACCGAGAUGUCACGCCCACCGGGCUACAACCGAAAUCACUGAUCCCUUAGACAUCGCCUAGGCGCGCGAGCAUAGCGCAUCUGGGGUACGGGGAAGGCGUGGGCGGCACGAACCAUCCCCGCACGCUGGGCGUCGUUGAAGCUAAGCAGGAUGCUAUGGCGAUACCAUGAAGGAUGGUAGUGCGCAUGGGCAGAUGCUUACUACAUAGACACUUGGAAGAAGAUAACCCGUGUAGCUAGCUAUAAAGACGCCGCUGAGUCCGAAGAGCCAUUGCGUUACACCGCACUGCUCAGGCCUCUCCUGCUUCAUUUCCGCCAUCCUUUCGUUCGCCUGUCCAGCGACCGCCACCAUGACCACCGACGAUAAAUCUCUGAAAGGGAGCUGUGAAGUCAUAAAGGUGGAAGAUGCUGGACUUUCGGAAGCCGAGGCCUUCCUUCAACACUACCCUUUGCUGCGAGGAAAGUCCAGGGAUGAGCUUGACAGAUUGAACAGGGCUGUUCUGAAGAAGCUCGACUGGAAGUUUCUGCUUAUCAUCACGUUGAUGCUCUUGAUGAACUACCUCGACCGCAUCAAUGUCUCAAACGCACGCCUGGCUGGUAUGCAGCAUGAUAUCCACAUGACGGAUGUGGAGUGGUCUGCUGGCAUCUCGCUCUUCUACGUGGGAUAUAUCAUCUCGCAGGUGCCAGCCAACAUCAUUAUGUCUAAGCAGAAGCCCCGUAUCUGGAUGCCAUGCAUCAUGCUCGCGUGGUCCUCCGUCACGAUAUGCAUGCCUGCUUGCACCCGGCCUUGGCACUUUAUGCUUUGUCGUUUCCUCGUAGGGUUCACCGAAGGCCCAUUCCUCCCUGUCGUGGCGCUCAUGACGUCCAGCUGGUAUACCAAACAAGAGAGCCCUUUGCGCAUGGCUAUCUGGCACGCGGGAAACAUCAUAUCAAACGUGUUCUCCGGUCUCCUUGCAGCCGGCAUCUUGACCAACAUGGACAAUAUUGCGGGUUUGCAUGCGUGGCAGUGGUUCCUCUUGCUUGAGGGCAUCGUGUCUAUCAUGGUUGCCAUCCCUGGGUUCUGGCUUCUACCUAACUUUCCCAACAACACCGGAACGUACUAUUUCACUCCAGAAGAGCAACAAAUGGCGCAAUACCGACAAUCUGUAUCUUCCGGAAGUGUGACGGAGGAUGACGAGGGCGACUACAUCGGCGGCUUGAUGCAGGCGAUUCGAGACCCGUUCACGUGGCUGUUUGCUGGCAUACAUUUCUCCCUCAUCAUCGCCCAGUCGUUCAAGGACUUCUUCCCAUCCAUCAUGGAUACUCUUGGCUUCGGGAAGGUUGAGACCUACCUUGUCCAAGCUCCACCAUACGUCAUUGCAUACAUCGUCACGCUCGUCGUCUCGUGGUCGUCUGGCCGUAUGCUCGAACAUGGCUAUCACAUCAUCGGCGCCAUCUCUACUACCCUGGUUGGCGCUGUCAUCAUGAUCAGUACCCUCAAUACAGGUGCACGGUAUUUCUCUAUGAUAUUACUCUGCUGUGGCCCGUUCGUAGGCUUGAACAUCCAGCUUUCAUGGGAGACUACCGUCGUGCCACGACCACGAACGAAAAGGGCGGCGCUUAUUGCUAUCGCAAACUGCGUGUCGAGCGUUAGUCAUUGGUUUACGCCGUACUUCUUUCUGACAAAUCAGGAGCCGAGGUACGAGACUGGAGGCGGCUGCAUCAUCGCAGGAUGCGGCUUAACUAUCGUGCUAUGUCUGGUGACGAAAUGGUGGUGCAGUAGGAAGAACAAAGCUUUGAUCGCGGAAGAAGAGCGGACAGGCGUUGUUAACAGCUGGAGGUUUGCGAAGUAGAUAACAGGAUUAAGAUUACAUAUAGCAAUUAAUAGUCCCUCCUAGGCCUAAGGGACGGGGCUGUUACAAGAUGCGACAAGCACGUAUUUAAGAGCUUACAAGAAGCGUUAAUUAUAGCUACGUAUAGUAUCUAGUGUAAUACAAAACGUUACGUAAAAAACAGAGUAGAAUAUAAAGUAGUAAAAAGAUAUAGCUAAAGCUAUACGUAGUACUUAGGCCUUAGCUAGCU